UAGAGUCAGUUGAAAGUCAGUAUUGCUGAACUCUGAUAGAGGGAGAAUGGGUGUAGGGAUUGUACUGCUCAUUGCUUUAAUAGCACUAUUUUUUCUGCUAGGUUUAUUGCUAAUUGCAGGAGUUAUUCAUUUUGAAUUCUCCAAUUCAGACGUUCCCCCUGGGGUGGCAAACCCUCGGAAACUACAUACGACUCAUUGUAUAACCAUCGCGAUUGCUGUAGUGGGGAAGAUAUUGCAGAACCUUGGAAUAUGUAGUCAGAUUGGCUUCACACGUUAUAUUAGAGAUAAGUUGCUGACUGAAAAACCAGAAGAUGAUCCAAAACUGCUUGUCAAGAAUCUGAAGUUUGAUGAAGUACCAGUAAGGAUUUAUCAGCCCAAAUCACCAUCUGCAGGUGGCAGGAAAGGUGUUGUAUUUUUCCAUGGAGGUGGAUGGAUGUUUGGAAGCCUUGACAGCUAUGAUGCUAUAUGUCGUCACAUCUCAAAGGAAACAGAUUCGGUGGUGGUAUCAGUUGGGUAUCGCUUGGCUCCAGAACACCGGUAUCCAGCAGCAUAUGAAGACUGUCUGAAUGCUACAAUUCACUUUCUGAAGAUCACAGAAGAAUAUGGAGUUGAUAGGUCCUCUGUCAUCAUAAGUGGUGACAGUGCUGGAGGCAAUCUAACGGCAGCUGUUUGCCAGGCUCUUGUGGGCAGGGAGGACCUUCCAAAGCCAAUGGCCCAAGUACUUAUAUAUCCCAGUGUCCAGAUGUUAGAUUUCAAUUUGCCUUCAUUCCAGCAGAACCGAGCUGUUCCCAUUUUAUACCGAGAACGUGCAGCAUUUUAUAUGCUUAACUACAUAGGUGAUGACCUCUCUGUGUUGGAAGAUGUGAUUGACGGCCAUCAUGUUCCGGUUGAUAUGAAAUUACAGUACAGGAAGUGGCUAAGUGCUGAUCAUAUUCCUGAUGAGUUUAAAGUCCGUGGUUAUAAACCCUAUAUUAUGACUUCCCAUGAUGAAGAAGUCUACAAGAUAGCCAAAACUACCUUGGAGAAACCCUGCUCUCCCUUACUUGCUGAAGAUGCAGUAGUCCGCCUUUUACCAAAAGCUUAUAUUUUAACAUGUGAGUUUGAUGUCCUUCGGGAUGAUGGAAUUCUGUAUAAGAAAAGACUGGAAGAUAAUGGGGUUCAAGUCAACUGGUACCAUGUUAAAGAUGGGUUUCACGGCAUAAUCAGUUUAUUCAAAUUAUUUCCAUCUGGAAAGCUUGCUCUUGAUGAUAUUGCUAACUUUAUCAAGAACAUUGAUUAAUAAUUAUUUACAAAAAUUAAACUCUCCUUGACUUCCUAGGUGCUCUGUUAUUUCAUUUGAAUGUUGUUUGUUCAAUGGGAUGCAAAU